CUUACGAUCUUUACCUAUAAACUUUUGUUUAUCUAUGAUCAAAGCCAGCAGUUAAGAUCGAGGUCAAGAUGCUCCGACUGCCUAGCCAGUGGCUCUCUCGUUCUUUACAGGCAGCUCGCCCUAUCUCCACACAACCCACUAGGAGGGCGCCAGCCGCUCCCCUGGGCCCGGGUAAAGAGAGGGUCUUUGUAGUAGGUGUCGGUAUGACCAAGUUCUCCAAACCCCUAGGUUCUGAUGGCCCCACCUACACGGACAUGGCCAAAGAGGCAGUAUCAAAUGCACUCAGUGAUGCUAGACUACCGUAUGAAGCAAUUGAGGCAGCUAAUGUAGGCUAUGUGUUUGGGAGCUCCACCAGAGGUCAGAGGUCGCUAUACGAGAUGGGCCUCUCUGGUAUCCCUAUCAGUAACUGCAACAACAACUGUUCUACUGGAAGUACGGCUCUGUUCCAGUCGAGAGGGCUGGUGGCAGGGGGGCUUGCUAGGUGUACCCUCGCUUUGGGGGUAGAGAAAAUGCAGAAAGGUGCUCUAGAAGUAGGAGCUGAAGAAAAUCCCAAUCCACUGGACAAGCAUGUUCUGGGGAUGGCUAAAUGUGUGGGCGGUCCACCUGACGCUCCCAUAGCCCCCUGGCUGUUUGCUCACGCUGGGAGGGAGCACUCGAAAAGAUACGGGACCACCAAGACACAGUAUGCCAGAGUGGCUGAGAAGAACCAUCGUCACUCUGUGAAUAACCCAAAUGCCCAGUUCCAGGACGAGUACACUCUGGACCAGAUACUCGGCUCCAAGGAGAUCUGUCAUCCCCUCACAAAAUUGCAGUGCAGUCCGACUUCCGAUGGGGCAGCUGCUGUGGUGCUUGCUAACGAAGAGUUUGUGAAAGUCAACGGUCUGCAAGACAAAGCUGUUGAAAUUCGGGGGAUUUCAAUGACUACUGAUGUCUCUACCGUCUUUGAUGACCCCAUUCAGCUGAUUGGCUACGACAUGGCUGUGAAGGCAGCUGACGAGGCAUACCAACAAGCUGGACUGACGGUUGCGGACGUAAACGUGGUGGAACUGCACGAUUGCUUUUCGACCAACGAGCUCAUCAUGUACGAGGCACUGGGCUUGUGUAAUAAGGGAGAGGGUGGGAGUCUAGUGGACAGUGGGAACAACACGUAUGGGGGGCGUUAUGUGGUGAAUCCCAGCGGGGGGUUGAUCUCCAAGGGCCAUCCACUGGGGGCCACCGGUCUGGCUCAGUGUACAGAGCUUACUUGGCAGUUACGAGGUGAGGCAGACAAGAGGCAAGUAAGUGGAGCAAGUGUGGGAUUGCAGCACAACCUGGGACUCGGAGGAGCAGCUGUAGUGACUCUUUACACUAAAUACCAGUGAAACUCUCUAGCUCUGUGUGUUGUUAUGUGUCUAAUAUGUGUUUGUCUUUUG